GGAGAAGGAGGACAGAGCUCUCAAACAUGGCGUCGUCCAUGAGCCUAUCCUUCUGUUCUCUCACUACAAUACCAUCUCACAAGCAAACGACAUUACUUUCUGUAUCUAAACCCAACCUCAGCUUUCUCUCUCCAAUUCCCUCUCUCUCUUCCCUCAGACUCGACCCCUCCUUCCCAAGAAAAUCCACGUUGUCGAUUGUUCCCAAAUUUUCUGAGACUGAAAUAGCCGUCGUCGAAUCCGAACCAGAACCUGCGAUUUCUGAACCUUCGGAAGUUGUAGAAACCAAAAAUGAAGAACCUAAGCGCGAAGAGGUCUUCGCAGUUGUUAUGAUCGGGUCUCGACAAUAUAUUGUAUUUCCUGGACGCUUCAUUUACACCCAGAGACUCAAAGGUGCAAAUGUCAAUGAUAAGAUUAUUCUGAACAAGGUUUUACUCGUUGGAACGAAAACGAGUACCUACAUUGGAAAGCCAGUGGUGCCUAAUGCAGCUGUACAUGCUGUAGUUGAAGAACAGGGAUUGGAUGACAAAGUGAUCGUCUUUAAGUACAAAAGGAAGAAGAAGUAUCGAAGAAACAUUGGUCACCGACAGCCAAAUUCGCGGAUAAGGAUAAUGGGCAUCACAGGGUAUCAAGACUCGCCAGCGGUCACACUUACAUAGGAAUUCUACACUCAGGUUUGAGGUCAUACUGGACGGUGGCAUCAGAGUUCUCAGGAUUCCUUUCUUUCUUUUUGUAUGUUGUUUGUUUGCAGGAUGUGUAAUUUUGUAUUUACUUUGGAUGCCUUGCCUAUUGGCAUGACUAUUUUGAGGCUAUAUUGAAGUUCUGACAUUUAGGAAA